GAUCACACCGUGACGUCAUGUGGCAGAGCGCGCUUGAAUAGAAGGCUCCGCGUUUGCCUUCUCGCGGGGCAUGACGGGAUGAAGAGGGAAGCUUCCUUUCGCCGCGAGAAUGUAUCAGAGCAGCACGCAGAGGCGGCACUGGACCUUCCGCUCCGAGGAGGAGCUCACUCGACGCCGGGCCGAUGCCAACCGCAAGUUCCGCUGCAAAGCGGUGUCCAAUGGGAAGGUUCAACAGACAGACUCAUUUCUUCUUGAGCCUCAUGAGGAGUUGGCAAUUUGCAAAUAUUAUGAAAAAAGAUUAUUGGAUUUUUGCUCCGUAUUCAAACCAAUAAUGCCAAAAUCUGUGGUGGGAUCAGCCUGCAUGUACUUCAAACGUUUUUACCUCAAUAACUCUGUGAUGGAGUAUCACCCGCGUAUAAUAAUGUUGACGUGUGCAUUCUUGGCAUGUAAAGUAGAUGAAUUCAAUGUGUCUAGUGCACAGUUUGUUAGUAACCUUCGUGAAAGCCCAGUGGGACAGGAAAAGGCUCUUGAACAGAUCUUAGAAUAUGAAUUGCUACUUAUUCAGGAACUCAACUUCCAUCUCAUAGUACACAACCCAUAUAGACCAUUUGAAGGCUUCUUGAUUGAUCUGAAGACACGUUAUUCAUUGCUUGAGAAUCCUGAGACAUUGAGGAAGGCGGCAGAUGACUUUCUUAAUCGAGCAGCUUUGACAGAUGCUUGCCUCCUAUAUACACCUUCUCAGAUAGCUCUUACUGCCAUCUUGUCAAGUGCUUCUAGGGCAGGAAUUAAUAUGGAAAGUUACUUGUCAGAAAGCCUAAUGCUGAAAGAGAACAAAGCUUCCUUCACCCAAUUGCUGGAUGGAAUGAAAUGCAUGAAACAUCUGGUAAAAAAAUAUGAGCUACCACAUCCAGAAAAAAUUCCUGCUCUAAAACAGAAGCUAGAGAAAUGUCAUAGUCCAGAACUUGCCCUUAAUACAAAUACAAAGAAGAGGAAAGGCUAUGAAGACGAUGAAUACGUUGCAAAGAAAUCUAAAAUGGAGGAGGAUGAAUGGACAGAUGAUGACUUGAUUGACUGACUAUCCACAGAGACAUAAUCCUGAAUAUUUAACAUAUUCUGAAUUCAUGGGAAAAGCACAGCUCUCUCCAUGCAGAGAAAUGAAAUACCACUAAUAUAAUAAAAUUGUUUUACAAACUGA